AUGAUGUUUCUCAAAUCGAUUUUUGCUGCCGCGGUAGCGUUCGCGACCGUCCAGGCAUCGCCUAUCCAAGAACAACAGUCCGCAUGGCAGGCCCGCCACGGUCUGACCUCCUCAGCAUACGAGAGCGUCGCUUCAGACCUGCGGUCCCAAGGGUACCGUCUCAACUAUGUUAGCGGUUACACCGACGACGGUGCUGCUCGAUAUGCAGCCGUCUGGGAGAGACGCAGGGGCGCGGAAUGGACUUCAACCCACAAUCAAGAUUCAAACGAGUUCCUACAGUCCGUCAACAGACUCCGCAACCAAGGAUAUCACCCUCUUGUCGUCAACGGCUACUCGGUCAAUGGAAGAACCCGAUACGACUCCAUUUGGGAUAAAUCCCAGGUUUCAGCUUGGGAGGCACGCUUCGAUUUGGAUAGCAGUGCUUUACAACGUACUUUGAACGAAAUGAGGCAGAAGGGACUCCGAAUCGUACACCUCAGUGGGUAUGCAGUCGGUAGAGAAGCUCGAUACAGCGCUAUUUUUGAGCGACGGCGCGACACUUGGGAUGUUCGCUGGGGCCUUAACAGCGCCCAAUAUCAGGAUAAGACUGCGGAGCUGAAAGGCCGAGGAUAUCGACCAACUCAUGUUAGCACCUACAACAUCGGCGGAAACAUUUACUACGCCGCCAUCUUUGUAAAGGAAGAUGGACCAGCCUGGGCAUCUAGGCAUGGCUUAACCUCGGAGGGAUACCAACGGGAAUUUGAUGAGCUUAACAAGCAGGGAUACAUGCCGAAGGUUGUGUCUGGUGUUUCUUCUGGAAACUCGGUGAGAUAUGCUGCGAUCUGGGAAAAAGUCUGA